AUGCAGCCAAUGAUUCGCUGCAGACUAGUUGCACAAUUUGGAACAUUACCUAAACCAUUUCACGAACCCUUGUACGGAUAUCCCACUGGUCGUGCGCCUCCUACGCAACCCGCAAUGCGAAACGUACACCCUGGACCUACUCCUCAAUCGUCUCCUUACCAACCGACAGUUCCAGCAGUAAAUGGCAUUACGUCAUCAGCAAUGAGUUUUCAAUCUGCACAAACCCAUAAUCAUGCUGCCAUAAAUGGCUUACAAGCUACGCAAAGUAACAAUUUGAAUAGCUCUCAGAAUUUACAGCACAUUCCACCUGCACUGCCUCCGAGCAAUGGUACUGCCUCUGCACUGACAAAUAACUCUGAGUCAACAGUGUCGGUUGGUCGGCAACGUCAAGAGGUGUUUCCUGGACAGUCCAUGCAGCAAUUUUCAAAUGCUGCCCAUCCUACGCAUCCAACAUAUGGAACGACUCAUCAGCAGGUUCAGCAAAUAAGUUCGUUUCCUUCACAACCUGGUCCUUUUCAGUCACCAAAUCCGCCCCAUCCAAACCAGCUUCAGCAACCACAAGUAGAUGCCCGUGGGCAUACGCCGGGAGUUCCAGGGGCGCCUUUGUUCCCACCUCCCAUAGGUGCUAAAGCCUAUCCUGAUUUUCCAAACAUAAGUGGCGGUAGCACUGCCAUGGCAAAUUCUCAAGAUGGUUUUCAAUCUCCGGGACCACCAGGGGUUCAACCACAUUUUGGUACCGCUCCAAGUGUCCAAGGAGGUAUACCACCAGCAGUUCCUAGUUAUCCACAAGGACCUGGUUUUCCGUCUGCAGGAUUUCCGAGUGGUCCACCUAUGCACACACGGCAGCCACAGCCUCAACCGCAACAACGACUUGAUCCAAAUAUGAUGCCUAGUGCGGUUGAAGUUAUGGAGAUAGAUUCUGCUCAGUCAGGACAGUUCCCAACAGGUUAUCCACAUGCUAACCCUCCUCCUCUUGUCUCAACAGACUUCUUUGCUGUCGAUCAAGGGAACUGUUCUCCAAGGCUGAUGAGGUCAACGUUAUAUAUGGCACCGGCGUCAAACGACAUGUUAAAAGCAGCACAAAUUCCGUUCGCUGUCGCCUGUUCGCCGUUUGCGACACUUCAUCCAAAUGAACGCGCUCCUCCACUCAUAGAUCUUGGACCGGGUGGCCCCGUGCGAUGUCAGCGCUGCAAAGCCUACAUGUGUCCUUUCAUGGAAUUUCAAGAUGGAGGUAGACGGUUUCGCUGUCCAUUUUGCCAUGGUUCCACGCCAGUGGAAGAUGUUUACUUCGCUCAUCUGGACCACACUGGUCGUCGCACUGAUAUUGAGCAUCGCCCAGAAUUAUUUUUGGGAGCCUACGAAUUUAUAGCAACCAAACAAUACUGUAAGAACGGUCUACCUCCAAAAGAGCCCGCUUUUAUUUUCAUGAUUGAUGUUUCUUACAAUGCAAUACAUAAUGGUAUGCUGCAAGUUGUGUGCUCGCAUCUGGAGCGGAUUCUUCAGCAGUUGCCGAAAGAUCUCGGUGCUUCUGAGUCUGUUGUGCACGUUGGGCUGGCAGCUUUUGACCAAGUAGUUCAUUUCUUCGAUUUAUCUGCUGCACAACCGUCUGUGAUGGUAGUAGGUGAUGUCGGGGACAUGUUUGUUCCUAUCGUUGAUGGCCUUCUGUUGCCGUAUUCCCAAGCAGCUCAGUCUAUUCGAGCUGUCCUCGCAGAGAUUCCACGUUUAUUUGCACAGUCAAAAAUCACUGAAACAAUACUGGGACCUGUUGUGCAGGCUGGUUUAGAUGCUCUUCAGUGUGCCGAUCGAGUUGGAAAGCUGAUGGUGUUUUCUACUUCAUUGCCAACAUUUGAAGCUCCUGGUAAGCUAAAGGCAAGAAAUGAGAGAAGUCUCCUUGGAACCGAGAAGGAAAAGACGGCUCUCAUGCCGCAAGGCGAAUUCUAUACAAAACUCGGUGAACAAUGUGUUAAAGCUGGUGUAACAGUGGACCUCUUUCUGUUCCCGAAUUCCUUUAUCGACGUAGCUUCGAUGGCCCAGCUUUCCGCGGUUACGGGUGGAAACGUCUACAAAUACCAGUACUUCGUGGCUGAAAAAGAUGCUCCUCGUUUUCUUGCCGAUCUUUCUCAUGAUGUCUCCCGCCAAAUAGCGUUUGACUGUAUGGCCAGAGUACGAUCAAGUGCUGGUAUCCGACCUAUUACUUUCCAAGGCUCUUUCUAUAUGGAAAAUAGCACUGAUUUGGAAAUGGCAUCAAUAGACGAGGACAAGUCUUUCUUCGCAGAGCUGAAACACGAUGAUAAACUUUCUGACCAGAACGCUAUUAUUCAGUGUGCAAUUCUUUUCACGUCUGUAAGUGGGCAACGUCGCCUGCGAAUUCUCAACCUUUGUCUUCCCGUGUCAUCUGAUUAUAACCAACUGUACAGGGUAGCCGAUCAAGGAGCACUUGUUUCAUACCUUCUCAAAAAUGGUACGUUCUCUUAUGUUUCAAAGUCCGUACAAACAAAUCGUGAACGAGGACUGAAAGAGGUGAAGGAACAAAUUUUCCAGCGUUGUGCCCAGAUCUUGGCCACAUAUAGAGAGAAAGUAAGCGAAUCAGCUCCUCUCGGUCAACUUAUAUUGCCGGAGACAUUGAAACUCUUACCUUUAUUUGUUAAUUCCGUUGUCAAAAAUGAUGCUAUCAGUGGAGGUAGCGAAAUGACGGUCGAUGACAAGGUUUGGAUGAUUGAAUUAAUUCGAGGAAUGCGAAUGGAUCACUCAAUGUUGCUCUUAUAUCCAAAAAUCGUUCCUGUUGAUCAUCUAGAACUACAGGAUCCUUCAGAAAUGACAUCAGUUGCUGGUAGUGUUAGGGCCAGUUACGAAAACCUCUCCAAUACAAAGGCUUAUCUAAUCGACAACGGAAUUGUGCUUUUCCUCUGGAUUGGUCUCAGUGUCGCCGCCGCAUGGGUGAAUGAUAUUUUUGGAGUGAACAGUGUCGCUAUGCUUGAUACCGAAAAUGUAUGUAUCCAUAUACAGGUUCAAAUUCCUGAAAAGGACAACGCUCGCUCAAGAGCACUUCGACGCGUCGUUGAAUUGCUUCAAGAGGUUGGUCCACGAAGAAGGAAAAUGUUUGUUGUUCGAGAGAAGGAUGCCCUAGAGCCGUGGAUGAAGAAGUUCCUUGUUGAGGAUCGUUCCGGGCCAAACGUCAUGUCAUAUGUGGACUUCUUAUGUUAUAUUCAUCGUGAGAUAAGGAAUUUGUUAGCUUAA